AUGGACUUUUUGGUCGUUCCAAACGCUGUGCGUCGCAGUGACGCGUUUAGAAAAAGGAUGGGAGACCAAACUCCUAAUCGUCCUGACAUGGUGGAGGCUGCAAGGAAGUUCAUGUCAAUGCCAAAGGUCAGAUACACUCCUUUCGAUGAACAGAAACAAUUUCUCCUGGGCAAAGGCGUAACAGAGAAUGAAAUAAGUGAAGCGAGAGCAUCACUUCCGCAAGACAUUUCAGUCCGAGCAGAAAGUGGAACCCACUAUGAGGGUCAGCUUCACAUGCAACCGCAACCGAAUAAAUUUGUAACGUUUGCUCAGUCGGUCGCUAUAAUUGGUUGUGUUUCGUAUGCCGGGUACCGGUUCUUGCGUUCCUUUGUUUUACCUCGUUUCUUCGACAUUCCCGAUCCAGCCACUGAAGAGGUCCGACAGCUUCAGGUCCAAGUAAACGAGCUGCAAAACUCGAUCAAGUUUGUUCUCGACAGUAUAUCACAAACCACAUCAAUGUUGGGAAGCCAACAACAGGAAAUCAAUAGGGCUUUGCUCUCCGUCAGCCAGCGGGACACUGACAUAAGCAGAGUCGAGGCUGGUAUAUCUACGAUUAAGAGCUUAUUGUUGAGUCACAACAACUUUGCACCUAUUCUUGCUCCCACUGCGACAUCGGCGAAACUACCGAGCUGGCAGCAGGCUGAAGCUCCCUCGGCACCAACAGCGAACUCUUGCCGUUCAACACCACCUGCGAAUUACAAAGAGACUUGUGAAGAGUACGGAGACGAUGCGUUCUCUGCCAACGAAUAUGCGUCAACAGAGACACAAACGCUGGAGUAUGAAAAUGGAAUGCGUAUUUCUCAAAUUCGUCCCUUGCAACGGGUGCUACAAUGUCGAAGAUUGGCUUCAGAUUCGGAUUCAAGGCGUGGAGACACUGGCGUUCUCGAUGGCUUCCACAUUACUCCACUCGGAGACUCAGAUGUACCGCAACGCAGCAGAGUGAGCUUCCUUUCUACUGAAAUGACGGAGGCGAAACAAAUUGGAGUACGAGGCCUGUCCUGUUACGGAUUCAGACUGAUCGACGGAUCUUUCCUGUAUGGGCCAGUGGCGUUAUUCCCAAAAACAGCUUUAUCAUGGCGUGUGCACACACCCGAUGAUAUCACUCCACGUUCUCUUAGUCUCUUCGCAAUGUUGGAGCCGAAAAUCGACAUACUCGUUAUUGGAGCUGGCGACAAGAAAAAUAUCGACAAAGUGCGGUCUCAAAUUAUUGGUUUCCUGAGGGAACAUCACAUUGGUCUUGAGAUCUCCGACACGGCAAACGCUAUUGCCACCUUUAAUUUCUUAAAUGCGGAGGGACGGUAUGUAGCAGCUGGACUUUACCCUCCUGAUGACAUGGUGGUAACAGAUGCUGAAUAUGGACGUGUGAUGAAUUUGUUGAAAGGUUGGGACACUCUUGAUGAGAAUCCGCUGCUAGUUGGUAUUAACGAUUCCAUUAAUCAUACUGAGGAUCUCGUAAAACGAUUAUGGAGUGGCACUGGAGACUUCAAAGCUGUUCGAGAUCGGGUCCUGGCUCCUCCAGGAGAACGUGAAGCGAAAUACAUUGAAGAUGCGGAAAAACGAAAGAGAAAGAAGUUACUGGAUGGCACUGAUGACUCGUGA